CAGGACUGCAGAGGUGACACAACGCUAUGUCGGAGCCUACUCUAGGACAGGGGUCUGAAGAGACCCACCAACGUUGGACCCUUUUUACCCACUUACCUCCAGGAACACGAGGACGAAUGAAAUGAUUUAGCUAAGAAAGUAGCCAAGAGACACAAGCCUCCAGUGGAUGAUGGCUCCUAUUGGACGCCCCGACCAUAUACUUUCUCUGUUCUCGUAUUUCCGACCGGAGCUGUCGUCGAUCUCGAUCUGAGCUGGAGGACCCUUAAUUUUUGUAAUUCUGUUGCCUCGCCAAUCUUUUUAGCCUCAUCGCCAGGAUUAAUUACACACGGACGAGAUUGUACUACUUCACUUUUGGGUUCCUGAAAUUUUCCCAUACCCGCCAGGUAGAACAGCUAAAACCAUUUCAGAGAAGUUUCGGAGAAGAUGGCAUGGUGGGAUGUGACUUUACCAAGCAGCCUCACCAAGUUGUUUCUCAUCGCCAAUUGCGCACUGCUCGCAUCAGUAACUGCAGAGCCAAAUGUCGUCUCGCUGCCACUUCACAGGAACCAGCGUCGCUCGAUCGUUAAGCGCAGUCACGCAAGUGCCUCAUUAGAGAACGACUACAUCGACGGUUUAUUCUGGGUAAAUGCGACCGUGGGUACACCAGGCCAACUAGUACAGCUUCAAAUAGACACUGGAAGCAGUGAUAUCUGGGUAUUUGGAGUACGUUCAUGCACCGAGUCUGUCUCGGGGUGCCUCGGUGGCUUUUAUGAUGGCUCUGAAUCAAAGUCCGGUCGGGUGAUUGAUCACGGUGGUUUCAGCAUUUCCUAUGUCGAUAACUCCGGAGCGAUUGGAGACUAUAUCUCGGACGACUUUGCGAUCGGCGAUAUCACCGUCAAGGAUAUGACUCUUGCCGUUGCUACAGAAGUACAAGAUGCUACUACGGGUGUUAUGGGCAUUGGCUUUGCUUCGGGCGAGUCGAUAGUUGGCAGUGGUGGCAAGCCGUACAAGAACCUCGUCGAUAUGAUGGUCGACCAAGGUCUUAUCAACUCUCGUACAUACAGUCUGUGGCUCAAUGAUGUUGGUUCUGAAACCGGGAGUAUCUUAUUUGGUGGUUAUGACAAGGGCAAAUUCAAGGGCGAGCUGAUUGCGAUGCCAAUCCAACCAGACGCGCAAUCCGGCCAAAUCACAUCAAUGACUGUCGCUUGGACCUCUUUAUCAAUUACAGAUCCCACCCAAGGCACUCAAACUCUCACCUCAAGAAGCUUCGCGCUACCAGCUGUACUCGAUUCAGGCACUACACUUACCUACGUCCCGCCAGACCUAUACAAUGAAAUCGCCUCGUUUGCCAAUGUGAUGUCGUUUGAGGGCAUGGAAACGGGUCUUGUCGAGUGCGAGGUCAUGCAGGAAUACAAAGGCACUCUAGACUUUGGCUUUGCUGGCUCUGGAGGACCAGUCAUCUCAGUGCCCUUUUCAGAACUAUCCUACCCAUACACAGAUGACACUGGAACCCCUCUAUCAUUUGACAACGGCAACACGGCAUGCUAUUUUGGACUUGCUCCGACCCAGGAUAGUACCCUGAUUCUUUUGGGAGACACUUUCCUUCGCUCAGCAUACGUGGUGUAUGAUCUUGACCGUAAAGAAAUCGCGAUUGCGCCAACGGUAUUCGACAGCGAAGUUACGAAUAUCGUGGAGAUUGGUGGUUCAGGAUCAUCAGCUACCCCAACGUGGCAUGUUGCAAGCUCAGUCACCGUUGUACAGACGGCAACAGGUCGGCCGCAAGAACCAGGUCUAUUCGCCUCUGUAACUUUUACUGGUCACCUCUCCUACACAAACACGGGCAACGGCUUCCACAUUCCAACUGCCUCUCCAUCGGGUGGUAGCGGUCAGUCACCAAAAUCAUCCAAGGGUGCUGCAACUUUGACAAGCGGCUCUGGGAUCCUGGCCAAUAUUGUCGUCUGCGCUGCCUCUGCAUUGAUUGGUGCAACUUUCAUUUUCGCCCAAUGAAGAUUAAACGGUCUACAAUCUAAAUGACAUUUGGCCUUUCGUAUUUCGAGUCAUCUAAAUAUGGAAGUUGGACAACAUACUAGAAUAGGAACCAUCAUUAUCAGGUGCGUCAUGGGUUACCGAUAUAUACCUCAAGUUAUGACUGCAUAUAUAUGAAAUCUACAUACAUUUUGGCCGGCAUGGGCUGGCUAGAAAAGGAAUUAAACUGCAAGGUCAUGUUAUUUAGUAUCAUAAGAAGCCAACAGCCGAAGUUCGUAUUUCUG